UGCUACCCGCCGCCUCCCCUUUUUCUCUCUGUCUUCCUCACCCACCCCCUUUCUCUCCGUCUCCCUCGUCCCUUCACCUCCAGUCUGCUUCUGGUGUCUCGGCGGAUUGUUGGGCUGUGGGAGAGAAAGGAUAUCGCGAGUAUUGGAGUUUUGGUGAGAGUUUGUGGAAGAUGGCGCCUGUUGUGACAGGGAAGUUCGGGGAGCGCCCUCAGCCACUGCGCCUAACACGAGAAGCGAUGAGGAAUUACCUGAAGGAGCGAGGUGACCAAACUGUCAUGAUCCUGCACGCAAAAGUUGCACAGAAAUCCUAUGGCAAUGAGAAAAGGUUCUUCUGCCCUCCUCCCUGCGUUUACCUGAUGGGCAGCGGUUGGAAGAAAAAGAAGGAACAGAUGGAGCGAGACGGCUGCUCCGAGCAGGAGUCGCAACCUUGUGCCUUCAUUGGCAUCGGCAACAGCGACCAAGAAAUGCAACAGCUUAACUUAGAGGGAAAGAAUUAUUGCACAGCCAAAACCUUGUACAUAUCCGACUCUGACAAGAGAAAGCACUUCAUGUUGUCCGUCAAGAUGUUCUACGGCAACAGCGCAGACAUCGGUGUCUUCCUCAGUAAGAGGAUCAAAGUCAUCUCCAAGCCCUCCAAAAAGAAGCAGUCCCUCAAAAACGCUGACUUGUGCAUCGCAUCAGGGACCAAGGUGGCACUGUUCAACCGGCUGCGCUCCCAAACAGUCAGCACGCGCUAUCUACACGUGGAGGGCGGCAACUUUCACGCCAGCUCCCAGCAGUGGGGCGCCUUUUACAUCCACCUGUUGGACGACGAGGAGUCAGAAGGAGAAGAGUUCACUGUGAGAGACGGUUACAUCCACUACGGCCAGACAGUCAAGCUGGUUUGCUCUGUCACCGGCAUGGCCCUGCCCAGACUGAUCAUCCGUAAGGUGGACAAGCAGACGGCGCUGCUGGACGCCGACGACCCCGUCUCCCAGCUCCACAAGUGUGCCUUCUACCUGAAGGACACAGAACGCAUGUACCUGUGCCUUUCCCAAGAAAGGAUCAUCCAGUUUCAAGCCACUCCAUGCCCAAAGGAACCAAACAAGGAGAUGAUCAACGACGGUGCCUCCUGGACAAUCAUCAGCACAGACAAGGCCGAAUACACUUUCUACGAGGGCAUGGGCCCCGUCCACUCGCCUGUCACCCCCGUGCCUGUGGUAGAGAGCUUACAGCUAAAUGGCGGCGGCGACGUCGCCAUGCUGGAGCUGACGGGACAGAACUUCACUCCAAAUCUGCGGGUCUGGUUCGGAGACGUUGAGGCUGAGACCAUGUACAGGUGUGCGGAGAGCAUGCUGUGCGUGGUGCCCGACAUCUCUGCCUUCCGCGAGGGCUGGCGCUGGGUGCGGCAGCCCGUCCAGGUGCCCGUCACGCUGGUUAGGAACGACGGCAUCAUCUACUCCACCACACUGACCUUCACUUACACGCCGGAGCCCGGGCCGCGGCCACACUGCAGCGCCGCCGGGGCCAUCCUGCGGGCCGGAAACUCCAGCCUGCUCAGCAACAACAGCCAGGAGGCCGGCCCCGGCGUCUACGGCCCCAACAGCACCUCCAACGCGGGAGUCACAUCCUCAUCCUCCACCGCCGCGGCCGUGGUCUCCUAACGCACACAGGGCGGCCACUCAAUAUGAUAUGCCUUGAGAGAAAACGUACCACAAGGUAUACAAAGACUAUGGGAAAUAAUAAACAAAAACUGACUCACUCUAAAGUGCUGCGUGUUAAUUUUGGAUACAAAGAAGCUGAAAAAAAAGAUUGGCGGGAGAAAGGAGCUAACGCAGGGGAAAUCUGAAGGAGGAGUGACAUCACGACUUUGUCAGCCAAUGGGAAUAAGCAUAAGUGCUCCUUGACGCGCCCCCCACCCCACCCCACCCACCCGAACCUCUCCUGUGGUUACUUUAGGGACCUGCCUAUCCAGUUCUGGUGUUUUGGAAUGAGUGGAAGUUCCUGCAGGCUCAGAGCACCAGCACCUUUCUACAGCUGUGAGAACGGAAAAAAACCACGACAACAAUACAUCCACCGUGUACAAAAAAAAAAUCUCUUGAAAGGAAAGCAUUUUUUUUUUUAGGCGCUUCCCUCCCCUCGAACCCCCCGCCCCUCCCACCACUUGUUUUAUAAUUAUUCCUUUUUUGUUGUUUUGUGUUACUUUGCCUUCAUUUGUGGUUUCCUAAAAGGGGGCUGGAUGUAUUGUUGUUGGAGGGAGCGCAAGGAUGCAGAGGGACACACAUAAAACGUGACGAUAACAUAGUUUUUAUGGACCAAGGAUCUUGUAUAAGCUUUAGUAAAGGUACAUUUUUCUCCAUACCUUUUUUGUAUUAAACAUAUAGUACACUUUUGUUACCAAAUAGUUUCUAUUCUUCCUCUGAGCUUGGGCUUUGUUUUCCCCCUUUUUUGAGGUCCAAAAUCCCAACCUCUAUGUUAUUACGACCUUACUACAACGCCUGCUUUUUUCAGUCUGUGGACUGAACUUUGUUUUGAUACUCUUGCUUCUUCUGUUGGGGAGGAAAAAAUCUGAAGUCUGGGUUGUUUAUUUACAUAAGCGAAGGUUGUUUUUUUUUUUUUUUUUUUUUUUUUUUUUUUAUAAAUUGGGGAAUAACCUCAGAGGGCCUAUGUUUUAUCAUUGGUUUUUAUGAAGUCUUUAAAAAGAAAAGCUUUAAGCAACGCCUCUGCCUUGCCUGCAAUACUCUAUGUGCGCUAUGUCUCCUUUUGGAAAGUAUACACAUCAGUACAUCUCACAUGGAGCCAUAGCAACAUUUGCAGAAUACAUCAAAAAACUAGACUUCCAUGGUUAUGAAAACAAGUCGGUUUUGUCAUUUUUUUCAAACUCAUGUAAUAAGCGUAGUCAUUGACUUAAAAAAGGAUAGCCUUAGUACUGUAUAUUCUUACUGUGUACACAGUCAAACCGGUCACAUAUCUAAUAUCCUGUGUCUGUUGCUCUAUUGGUCACUGUCAAUGUAUCAGAUAAUGUAGUGAAACUUGUCUCUCAAACACCCAGCGAGGUGUCUUCCAACGUGUGCUGUAGUUCUGGUGGCAUUUAACUCCAGUGGUUUUUCCAAAAAAAAAAAGAAAAGAAAGACAGACACUUUUCAAUUUGAUGUGGCCUUACUGAUAACUUCAAUUACAGAAAAAAGAAACCAGAAAACACUUCACCUUUUUUCUUAUCUGCUGUUUACUUCACCUUGGAGGAACCUGUGCAUAGCACAAAAACAAAGCUAAUGCCUCGCUUCGUAUCACGGGAGCUGUCGCUGUUCAGAGCUCGCCGCCGCGGCUCCAGAACCACCUUGUCAUGCAAAGCAGCCUUCUGAAGGAUCUCUUUAGCCUUCGUGUUCUUUUUUUGGUGUACAAGUACAAUAAGCCCGUUUUUUAUUCUCAUGCGGUGCCCAGCACCUUUUCACUUUUUGGUACAAUGUCUCACGAGCGCUGUAAGCUCUUUUCAGCCUUCUUUUUUUAACAAAAAACAAAAAAAAAUCUCCUGUGGUUUUAUUAUCUUUGCAGAAAACAAGCGUGUGUACAUUGUAAAACUCACUGUCCGAGUAGUUGCACUCAUCCGUGUUCAUGGCGACUGCGUCUCCCGUAGGAGCAUAAAGGCCUUCUAAAUGUGUAUUAUUGAAGAUGUGCAUUUUCCAAACAUAACAGCAAUAUUGUACAGGUCAUUUCAUCGUCUUUGUCCGCCUGAGCACUAGUUCACCAGCCAGCAAACGUGUGCGUGUGUGUGUGUGUGCGUGUGUGUGUGUGUGUGUGUGUGUGUGUGUGUGUGACUGUCAUAUAUAGUUGCUGUAAUGGAAUACUGAGUCAGACUCGCUCCAUUUCAAAGUGUGCUCCAACUGCUCCCAAAAAAAACAAAAAGAAAAACCUUGAGGAUUCAUGGGGUUUUUCUGUCUUCCACCAGGAUCCAAAUGUCUGAUAAUUGUGGAUAAACAUUCAAAGGCAAUACUUUGUGAUUUUCUUUUUUUUUUUUAGUAUUACAGUACAACUGUAUACAAUUCUGGGGAAUAAGAACAACGAUACUGUAACUUGAAUGUCUGCUUAAUGAAGUAUUUCUGAUUUUCUUUCUUUCUUACAAACAAACCCUUGAAAUAGGAACAAAAAAGGAUUCGCUUGCACCCCCUUUCAAUGUAAAAAAGAUUAAAGUUAAGUUAUGCCCCGCCCUCCCCAUUUUGCCACUCUUGCCCACCUGUCAGUCAUUAAUGUUAAAUGUUUUAUAUUGUAAUAUUGAUAUUUUUUAAAUUAUUGGUACAAAGUCUCCCCUUGUCUUAUGUCAACAAAAAAGAUUAAAAAAAAAAAAAAAAAGAAAGAAAAGUGCAUUAUUGCCCGUGCUGCCUAGGUUGGCCUGGGAGUGUAUUUUUUUAAUAUUUUUUUUUAAAGAGGCCACUUCCUGUCUGUCCUGGAGCCCGUCGAGGAGUUGGUGCUGCAGCAGUAGUGUAGCAAUCCAAACCCCCCCCAAGUUUUUCUUUCCUUCCUUGCUUCUUCACACUGAACUCUCGUGACAAGCUGCAGGUCAACCCGAACCCUUUACUCUGCAGGAUGGAGGUCGCUGAAAUCUUAACUGUAGAUUUUUAACUUGAGUGUUUUUUGUUUUUUUUCUAUGUUUACUAGCUCUAAAUUCAGCAAAUUUUUUUUAACAUAGCCUCCGUAUUAGCAUCACACCCACCCACCCUGGAGCUUGGAUAUUUUUGGGUUUUUGUUUACACACCGAGUCGCUUCUUUUAGACCUUACCACCUACCCCCUUAACCCCCCCUGGCUCCUCUUCAUCGCCGUACGCGAGUCCUCACCGAGCAGCUUUUGUCACAUUUGCUCAAACUAAUAAAAAAAAAAAGGGGGUGAUGCAUGCUUUUUAAAAAAAAACAAAAAAACAACAACAAUGUGUCGCCUUGACAAUCCGAGCUGGUUUACAGUUGUUUUUUUUUUCCUCUGGAGUUUUUUAAGCGAUAGGGAGGAUACAGAAUGACUUGAUAACACGCCUCACUUGUAAAGGGGGUUGAACUGUCAAAAAAGCGGUCAAAGGAAAUAACAAAAUAAAACAAAUGUUACAUGCCUUCUUAAAGAAAAAAAAAAACGCACGCUGUAUUAACCUGGCGACAAAAGCUUUCAGAGAGGAAAAAGAAAAACAAACCCGCCAUCUCAUUAGCGAUGCUUUUUUUUUUUUUUUUUUUUACAACUUAACUGGUUUCUUUUCUCUUUGUGUGUCUGGUCAUACUUGUUUUGCUCUUCCAAAAGCAGCUGUUCUUGUGUUUGUUUUUUGUUUUUUUUUUUUUUAUAAUGAGCUCUGAACAAUGUAUGUAUCCUCUAAUAUGCCAAAUGUCUUUUUAUAAUGUAGUUUUCAUGCACUGCUAAACAAAAACAGGGCAGAGUGAGAGGCAGCUUUAAACGAAUAAAAAAAAAAAAGGAGUGUGGAGCCCUUCUCUGUCGCACUCAGCCUUACUUCUCCUUAAGACUCUUUUUGGCUGUUUGCACUACAGAGCGCUAACCUUUCUUUUUCUCUCUCACACAUUUCAUCCUCCACUCUUUAUCGCUCAUGCUUAUGUAUGUACAUUUGGAGUCUCCACCCCCCCAUCCCUCCCUUUUUUUUUUUUUUAACAAACAGCCUGUUGUGCUUAGCCUUGCUACAGUUGGAUCACUUUUUGUUGUCAUUUCCCCCCACCACCACCACUUCUUCUUCUUCUUCUUCUUCUUCAACUUCUUCUCCUCCUCCUCCAUGCCCUUUCACUAUCUUUCACUCUCACUGUAUCUGUGUAUUAUUCUAGUAAAUGGUAAGCAGAGGUGUCAUUGUGGUAGUAUACUCAGUGCUCAAAGGGUUGCUGAUGGUAGAAACCUGUGCCGUUUGUAACAUUUAGCAAUAACGUCAAAACAAAGGGGACGGUUUUUUUUUUUUUUGAUAACAUACGUUAGUUUGUUUUUGUACAUAUUGCAGCUCCAGGUCAUGCUCAAAUCUGUAUGUCAUUAAAAGAAGAAAAAAACGAGAAAAAAACUUGCAAUAUUGGCAUAAAAAUGAGAAAUAAAAAAGUGAUAUAAAAUCUCA